CACCUCCGGGGCCCGUCCCCUUCUCUCGGCCGCCGCCGCCAGAGCAUGCGCGGGGCCGGGCCAGCCCCGCCGCCGCCCCCGCUCCCCUCAUAGCGGCGCCGCCGGGAGCUGCUGGAGCCGCUGGUGCCGCCGCUCGUCCCUGGGCUGGAGUGAGACUGCAUCAAAAUGUCUCUCUAUCCUUCCCUGGAAGAUCUGAAGGUGGACAAAGUUAUUCAGGCUCAGACCGCCUUUUCUUCAAAUCCAGCUAAUCCAGCAAUCUUGUCUGAAGCUUCUGCUCCUAUUCCUCAAGAUGGAGGCUUAUACCCCAGACUAUAUCCAGAACUUUCUCAGUACAUGGGCCUGAGCCUCAAUGAAGAAGAGGUGCAGAGAAACCUACCAGUGGCAGCAGCUGGUCAGCCACAAGGGCAACUGGUAACACGACCUUCUACUAAUUACAUGGUAGCUCCAGUGACUGGCAAUGAUAUUGGAAUUCGCAGAGCAGAAAUUAAGCAAGGCAUCCGUGAAGCAAUUUUGUGUAAAGAUCAAGAUGGAAAAAUAGGACUUCGCCUGAAGUCUGUUGACAAUGGUAUAUUUGUCCAGUUAGUCCAAGCAAACUCUCCAGCAUCUCUAGCUGGUCUGCGGUUUGGGGACCAAGUUCUGCAGAUCAAUGGUGAAAACUGUGCUGGAUGGAGUUCUGAUAAAGCACACAAAGUUCUGAAACAGGCUUCUGGAGAGAGGAUUUCAAUGAUCAUUCGGGACAGGCCUUUUGAACGAAUUAUUACCAUGCACAAAGACAGCACAGGGCAUGUUGGCUUCAUAUUCAAGAAUGGAAAAAUAACCUCAAUAGUGAAAGACAGUUCUGCAGCGAGAAAUGGACUUCUUACAGAGCACAACAUCUGUGAAAUCAAUGGCCAGAACGUUAUUGGACUGAAGGACCCCCAGAUAGCAGACAUCUUGGCAACAGCUGGAAAUGUAGUGACAAUUACCAUCAUGCCUUCCAGUAUUUAUGAGUAUAUAAUAAAGAGGAUGGCAACUAGCAUUAUGAAAAGCCUGAUGGAUCACUCUAUUCCUGAAGUCUAAACAUGCAUCAUGUACAUGUGUCUGUACAUACAUCUGAGAAUUCCACUAAACUCGGGCUAUUAUACUCAGUGAUUUCUUUCUUCUGCACAUGAGCCUUUCUGGAGGCCAAGAGAAGAUAUGCUGCAUCAAGCAUUUGCAUCUAUAAUGGCUGGGAAUGUUACAGUUCAACAUAUCUUGUUUAUUCACAAACUGUAAAACUUGUAGCCUUAUAUGCUUGACGAAUGUGAAAUUCCAAUUGUGUUAUGACUUUUCGUAGAUCUCUUCCUUAGUUCACUACUCCUAUAAGCCAUUGCAACUAAAGGAACCAGAUAUCACUUGCAAAAUUAUGUGUUGUUACCUAGGGCAAUGCUGUGCUUUGUAUGUUUAAGAGAAACAAGUAUUUUUACUGCUUUCUGUCUGCAAGAGUAGAUAUGAAAUAGCCUAUUUAGAAGUAUGGCUAGUACUAGUUUAUUUCUUGUUCUAGUAAAUUCUGUUUACACAAGUAUGCCAGCUAAGCUGAAUAUAGCUGAAGGCAUCAUUCAGUAAGUAUAUUAAAUAAGGUAGUGUACAGAUAAUCAAAUCUUUUUAUUACUUGUUAUACGAAUUGUAACUGAUGCUUAUCUCUCGCCUUAACCAAGUUCUUAAAGAUUCAGAAGUAACCAAAUAAAUGACUGAAACUUUA